AUGGAACUCAACCGAGAGCAUUUUCGCGCCAUAAUUUAUUACAACUUUCAGAGACAAUUAUCGCAACAAGAAUGCCUUGCUGAGUUAUUGUCUGUUUUCGGCAACGAAGUGCCACAUCAGUCGACAAUUUCCCGUUGGUAUGGAGAAUUCAAACGUGGACGGGUGAGUUUUAGGGACGAUUCCGGAAACACAAAAAAUGUGUACAGCAUUGUUAGUGGUGAUGAAUCGUGGAUUUACUGUUAUGAACCAGAAACUAAACGACAGUCGGCUGUUUGGGUGUUCCAAGGUGAAGAAAAGCCAACACAAGUCAUCCGUUCUCGAAGUGUUUCGAAAAAUAUGGUCGUGACAUUUGUCAUCACCGAGCUUCGAAAAAUCAACCCCGAAAGAAGAAUCAUCCUCCACCAAGACAAUGCAAGCUCGCACACGGCCCAAAAAACAAGGCAAUAUUUAACGGAAGAAAACGUGGAAUUAUUGGACCAUCCUCCAUAUAAAGAAGCAGUUGACGCAUUCAAAAAUGCCGUUUUGGAUCUGCCAGCAAACGAGUGGGAUAAGUGCUUCAAAAAUUGGUUCGAGCGCAUGCAGAUGUGUAUUAUUCUUCUGCUCUUGUCGCUCGACAUCAACAAAGCUUCUGGUCCGGACUUGAUUCCUGCCAUUCUUGCUCCAGUUCUUUCGCGUCUCUUCCCGGUAUCUUAUGAAUCCGGCACCUUCCUAGAAAAUUGGAAAUUUGCUCAUAAGUGCAUAAAUCGCGAGCUUCUGGACUACCUCGAAUGUCACAGCUUGAUUAGCGACAGGCAGUACGGUUUCCGGCACCAACGAUCCACAGGGGACCUCCUAGCUUACGUCACGCAACUGUGGAGUAAACUCAUCCAGUCUCAUGGUGAGGCUCAUGUCGUUGCUCUUGACAUCACGAAAGCGUUCGAUCAGCUGUGGCACGCUGCCCUCUUGAGCAAACUUCCAUCCUAUGGUCUCCCAGAAAAGUUUUGCAGAUGGUUCUCCUCUUCAUCCCACAACGUCAACGCGGGUGUUCCCCAGGGAUCGGUCUUGGCUCCAACACUGGUUCUCUUAUAUAUCAGCGACCUCCUUUCCUGCACGAUCAACCCAAUCCACAGCUUCGCUGAUGACAGCACUCUACAUGCCGGAAUUCAUAGUGACAAGUCGAUUUCUGCCGCUGAGCUGGAAAAAAGAAGACUAGCGAUGACUUCCUCUCUGACAAGAGACCUGGAUUCUAUCUCUGCUUGGGGACGCAACAAUCUUGUACAGUUCAAUGCUUCCAAAACACAGUACUGUACUUUGACGAACAAAAAUCAACACUGUAAUGCUUGCCAUUUCUCUUCGGAUAUUUUCUUUCAGGACAUCAACUGA